AUGAUACAAUCAGGUUUUGGGAUAACAGGCAUACAACAUGUACAGUAUACUAAAGAUUUCGAAAAAGAGAGUGUAGUCAUAUUUACUACUAAGUAUCUAGCAUCUGCUGAAAAUGACUCAAAAGAAAAAGAAUUAGUAAAACAACUUACAAAAAAAGUUGGUACUGAAAUAGACAUACGUAACAGACAACGACUAUUUAUAAUACUUGAUAUGAUCUAUAAAAAUCAUAUCCCAAGUUUAAAAAAAAUAUCAAGCGGAAGUUUAGCAGAAGGACUGGAUUUACCAGGUAGUGACUUAGAUGUGAUGUAUGUCACUUAUGAAGUACAUGAUGAUAUUGAGAAUAUACGGGAUAUCAAAGACCAAGAACAACGUAGUAUACUAGUUAUGGAGAAAUCAAUUGAUCAUCCUGGAUUUACUAGACUUAAAUUCAUCGCAAAAGGCCAAACGGAAUUGGAUUCUUAUACAAGUACUGGAAAAGGCUCAUAUUUUUCAAUCAACAACUUUUUUAAUACAUUGAAGCCAAAAUUUGGAGAUUUACCACUUUCUCUGCAUGGCCCUUGUCUUUCAGACCCAAAUCAAAAUUUUGAUCUAGCAUUCUGCUUACGAAGUAAAUAUUUACCUACUAAUGUCAUUCCAUGGGCAGUUCGUUAUAGACAGCAAUGGCCUCCUAAUCCCGUAAUUGACAAGAUUAAGAAGAGUGGAUGUUUGUUAGUACCCAUAGGACCUAAGAUCGGAUCGGAUAGUAAUUUAUUAUGGCGAAUAUCUUUCUCUAAUGCAGAAAAGCUACUUGUUCAUUCGUUCAACUUAACUCAACUCUUAUGUUAUGGUCUUCUCAAAGUAACAUUAAAGAGUAUUCUUAACAAGAAUGAAGGUGUCAAAGAUUUAUUGUGUUCUUACUUUUUGAAGACGGCUUUAUUCUGGGUCUCAGAGGAAGUUAACUUAGAAAUGUUUCAAUUGCCCAAAUUGUUUAUUUGUUUUUCUCUCUGCCUUGAUAAAUUAAUGCUAUGGGUAAACAACUGCUAUUGUCCGAAUUUCUUUAUACCUGAACAUAACAUGUUUCUAGGAAAGAUCGAUCAGAGUAAUAAUAAAAUACUACUCAGUGUUCUUGAAAGUAUUAAAAAUGGUGGAAUUGGUGGGUUGAUAACAGAUUUAAUUGCGGCUGAAAAUGGAUUUAAUCGUUUAUUGAGAACACAGGAUGAAACUUCGUUCAUCAUGGUAGACUUUUUAUUUUACAGGAUGUGUGGAUCGUAUAUGGCUCCAAUAUCUUCACGUUUUUAUGAAGUAUUGUCAUUUAUUGAAACUUUACUCAUGUAUGAACAAUCUGCCUUUAUUGUUGGUGCGUGUAAUUAUUGUAAGGCUAAACUCAGUCAACAUACAGCACAAAUACCGCCACAACCAACCACCAUUAAUAAAGAUUUCUACAUGAACAAACGUUAUCAUAGACAUUUACAAGACGGUACUGCGACGGAUGCCGUGUCAGGUUGGUUGUUAUACGCGUCAUAUUAUUAUGUCACAGGUCAGUACAAAGCUACACUUGAAAUAACAGAAUAUAUUAUACCACGAAGAAUGAAAGUGGCUACUAUAGAAAGUAUUAAUUACGUGCAACACUCAGGAUUAAUACCUGAAGAACUAGUACUGGAGGUUCAAGACAAGGAUAUUGAUAUACCGGUCAUUGUAAUGUCUCACUGCCUUAGAUUUCUAUGCUAUUAUCAUCUAGGUGAUAUUUCCAGUAGAAAACGUGCAUUACGUGAUUUACAUUUAACAUUAAAAGAUAAACAUAAUAUGCAGUUAGGUAAAUUAUCAGACUCAAUAACAAUACUUGGUGUAUGUUAUGAGAUAGCCGGUGAUAAAAACAGAGCAUAUCAGUGUUAUGAAGAGGCUCUGAAAUGCGUAGGUGUAUUACGUAGUACAGCAAAAAUAAGGAAAUCAAAACUUUUGGAGAUUUAAAACAGAUCUGUUUUAAUGAUUAAUGUGAUGCGUAUCUCUACAGAAAAUGUCAAUCCGGAUUGACAGUAAUGAGGAGAUUUUUUUUUAUUUCCUAUUGUUAAUUAUCCGUUUUUAUAUAGUGACUUUCCCUAAGCAGCAUCAUCAUAUGGAUUUUAUAUAUCUCAACUUAUUCGAUUUUCUUGUAAA